UAUUAUAGGAUAGUUUCUCCCAGACCAUAGAUUGAUCAUGUACGAAGAGUAGUAUCGGAUGGCAUAUUCCUUCUCGAAUUCGAAUUCGAUCGGUGCACGUGAUCGCUCCCCAGUGUCCGAUCGGACACAAGUCCGAUCGGGCACAUUUUGUACCGGAUUUGCGUAUUUCUGUAAAGCACAAUAUUCUUGUGUACGUAUGGACCUUAGAACAUAUAUGAUAUGGAAGGGGAAUAGGGAAUUGAAAUGUGUCCGGAGGAAGUGAGAAAGAAAAUCGUAGUGGCCUAGCUCUCUCUUGUGAGCAACUACUCGAAAGUGCGCAUGCGCGCCAUUUCAAUAGUUAAAUGUAUUAUACAUUCACACACACACCGAUGCUUGUGUGACAGCAAAUGGCGCGCAUGCGCACUUUCGAGUAGUUGCUCACAAGAGAGAGGCCACUACGAUUUUCUUUCUCACUUCCUCCGGACAUAUUUUUCUCUCGAAAACAGUAGGCAUUCCCCUUCCAUAUCAUAUAUGUUCUAAGGAAAGCACCCACGGGCUUUAAUUCGCGUUGGUGAAACCGGGCCAUAGUGGUCUGUGGACUCCUUGGUCUGAUAUUGGAUAUCCAGAUUAUCCAGAGGCAAGCAUCAUUUCACUUUCCAGAAGAAUCUCUGCAGGUUUCACCUCACGCUGUUACGCUCUAUCCAGGAUAUAGAAAAGUUCUCGAAUCUUCUGGGUAUUCAUUCGUGUGCACUUUCUUGAGUGACAUCGUUGAAGUCAGACGAACUGUGCUAACAAACUUGUGGUGGACAACUGUGUGCCCCAGACAUCGUAGAUCACUUCAAAUUCGUGCAGCAGUAGUAGAAUGGCGAAGCACUACGUUGCAGAUUUACCAUCGGAGAGAAAUACUAAUUCCGUUGUGAAAGAGACACAGGGCUGGAGUUAUGUAGAAAUGGAGAACAUCAGCUACAAGUGGACGCUAAAUAAUUUCCCUAUUACGAACCAGUAUGAAAUCAGGUCGAGUAUAUUUUCUACCACCGACGAGUCAAAAUGGUGUCUGGUAGUAAACUUAUUUUCUGGCAUUGACUACAAGAACUACCUGUCAUUAUAUCUUGCUCUUAUUUCAUCUAAGAAACGUACAGUCCCAGCAAAGUUCAAAUUGUCUUUUCUUAAUGCCACAGGGAAAGUAAUACAUACAAAAGAGAGCAGUUCUAUUUAUGAAUUUAUUAAUGAUUGUACUAAUAAAGCUGACUGUACUCUCAUUCAGUCUGGAUUGGAUGGACAUCGUUCUGAUUAUAAUUAUUGCCAACACAAAUUUGAUGAAUGGGGCUAUGAUAACUUUGUCAGUAUCAAUACUCUGCAAGCUAAUGGAUUGCUAGCGAAUACAACAAUAUUAUGUGAGAUCAGCCUAGUAACAGACACGAGAAAUAUCUCUGACCGAAAUCGUGCAGUAUGGUUGGAAGUAUCGGAGUGUGAGGUGCUCAACAACUUAGGACUGCUGUUGGAGAACGAAAAAUUUUGCGACGUAAUGCUUACUGUUCGUGGAAAGGAGUUCCAGGUGCAUAAAGCAAUUCUCGUAGCACAAAGUCCCGUCUUCAACGUAAUGUUUGAAAACGAGAUGAAAGAGAAAAAAACUAAUCAAGUGGACAUCGACGAUAUGGACCCCGAAGUCCUGGAAGAAAUGUUGCGAUUUAUCUACACUGGUAAAGCGACGAAUCUGGAAAAGAUGGCGGACGGUUUGUUAGCUGCGUCGGAUAAGUACCAGUUAAAUACACUGAAAGUAUUGUGCCAGGAAGCCCUUUGCAAAAGUUUAACUAUUGAAAAUGCGGCCGAAAUCCUAAUACUUGCCGAACUCCAUAGUGCCGAUCAGUUAAAAGCAAAAGCGAUAGAUUUUAUUAAUACAUAUACGGAUGUGAUGGACACUGCAGGUUUCAAGUCCAUGAAGAAAUCCUAUCCGCACCUGAUAAUAGAAGCUUAUUAUGCUAUACGAACCAAUCCACCGGUUUCAGCAGAAAAAUAAACAAAACCAGUGGCUGCUGAUUGCACUAGGUAUGACUUCCACACCAUUUCCAAUUAUCUCUGAUAACUUCGAAUUAUAAAGUGAUACAAUGGAAUAUACAAUAGUAAUAAGUGUUUCAUCGUGCUCCACUCUAUGGUCUAGAGUGGACAAACAUUGAGGCGAGAAUCACCCGGUCAUCAAACUUUGGUUAAGAAUGUUGAGAGAUAGGAGAAGAAAGAAGAUCUUGAACCAUUUUGUGCGUUAAGUCGAUCGAGGGUAAAUUUCAAAUCGUAAUUUCACAUACUCGGACUUCUUGUGCUCAAAUAAAUGUCGCUGGUUAUAGAGAACUUGACGCAAAGCGAUCACAAUUAGCACGCUACUCAUUUCAUCUUUGCGCGUCGGACAGAAGAAUUAGAUAUCUGAAAACCUACGUAUUCUCAUUUAUAUCUCCCUAUUUCCAUCAGCAUGCAAACCAUUGUUCUCGAUCGGCCUAAGCGCAAGCAGAUUCAAAGAAACAACAGCAGCGGCAG